UAACGAUGGAUGAAACUGUUCAGAUAUAAUGACGUCACACGUGCGGAAUUAUACUGACUAAGGUAACAGCCAUUUACGUAUUUUACGUUGAACGUGUAUGUCAGAAGAAUAGGACAGAUGCAUCACUAAUUACUGACACGAUUUGCCCAUUUGUAUUGUGGGAAGCUAGUUUUAAUUGUAUGAAACACGUUUCUACUGUCACUUAUUCGACUGACUAGAAGUGGACGAGUAUUGUAUUGUUUCGUUUGUGUAAAUGUUUCGGAUACUAUAAAAGUUUCUUAAUUUAUUUUUUCGGUAACUUAUACUUAUUGUACAAAAACCGGCUGGGAAGCCGUAAACACAUAACUAUGGCUGGAAAAUUUAAGUUAUUUCGUUUAUUUAUUUGCUCAAUUGUUUUAAGCUUUAUGUCUUGUGAAGCGCGUCUUGUAACUGACCUAGUAAGCGAUGCAAUGGAAACAUCUAAAGACCUUUUUGUGGAGCCGAUAGCAGAUAUGGCUGAAAAUGCUCGAGAAGUUAUUAAAGAAAGUGUAGAGAAAUCCGUCGAGACUGUUAAAGAUUUUCAAGAGAAAUUAUUAGACCCAUACCACGAGGUUAUGGAAAUGUUCAAAAUAAAGACAGAUCAAGAAUUUACAGAGGACAUAUUGGAUUCAUUCCUAGGAAAGUUCACCAAAAGAUUACAUUGUUUCAGUGGAUCACAAAAAAGAUCAGUUUCUUGCACAGCAUCUAUGUGCUUCAAUUCCACCAAUCUGAUGACUUUAUUUGGGACUGGUCUUUCUUACAUAAAUGAAGAUUCGUUUAAACAGAUCUCUACCAUGCUACUUUACCAUGCUUCUAAUCUAGCAGCAUUCUGUCAUGCAGACAUUGAAAUCGAUGAUAUGUUAGAAUUCAAUGACAAAAGAGCUGAGCUCAUGAACAGAUUUAGUGGGGGUAAUUCCGGCUUUUUGAAUAUUGAAAUGAUACAAGAUUCAUUAGAGAAAAUGGAAGACUUUUAUGAAGAUCUUACUGAGAACGACUCAAAGGAAUCCGAAGAAGACAGUCAUGAUCACGGAGACAGCCAUGGCGACGGACAUGAUCAUAAUGAUAAUGAAAUGCCUAGUCUCAGCUUGGAAGAUUUAUUAGGAGACCACUUUGCUGACAGUAUGUUGGGAACAGGCGAUUCACAUCACCAUGACGAUGAUCAUGGGCACAGUCAUGAACAUUCAAGGAAAAGACGUGGAGGAUCGGAUGAAAGUAAAGACGGUCUGUUGGAAACUUCUAAAGAAAUUAUUGACGAACAUUUGGAUGAUGGGCAUUCCCAUGAAAAUGAAAAGAAUGAACAUAAUCAUGACGAUGACAAAGACAAGGACUCGCAAGAAGAAGAUAGUCACGAUCAUGACCAUGAUGAUGAUCACGACGAUCAUGACGACGAUGACGAUGAUGAUGAUGAUGACGAUAAACUUAUAGCAAACAAUUGCGUGGGUGCCGACAUUGUGUAUGAUCAACUUGGUAUAGAUAUAGAAAGCCCAUUAGAAAGUGAUCACAUUGACAAAUUGUCAUCAAUUAUUGUCUACUAUAUUCUCACAGGUGCCAAGAUAUCAAGACAAUGUCGUCUGCUUCCAAGACAGAAUUUCUUUGCCAGAAGGGUAUUCAAAGAGCUAAAUGCUGACAAUGAUAUAAUGGAUUAUGGAGAUUUCAUAGAACUUUUGGGAAAACUAAGUAUCGGACAGGCAAUAGCUGCAGAAAUGGCAAUGACUGACGGUCAUGGUCAUGGUCAUGGGCACGCUCAUAGGAGAAAGAGGGCUGUUCCCACAACAUUUGCAGAACCAGCAACUUGGAAUAACCAAUGUUAUACCGGUGACCAACUUUUGUCAGUCUAUAAGGUGCCAGCAACAGGAAUCUCCCUUGACAAGUUCAAAGAAGUCUGCCCAUCUCUCAUCCAGCAACAACUUUCUGCUAACUGUCAAAAAGGAGCAAGCAAGAAACAAAAAACCGAAAUUGGCCGACCUACAGAUGCCGAACGUUAUGGAUACGGAACAUUGGCUAAUGUUCUAUGUUGUUUAUGUUCUCUCGCCGGUAUUGUUGUACUGCCUUGCAGCAGUAAAGGUGUUUACAGAAUCCUUAUAGCAACAUUUGUCGGGCUCGCCGUGUCUACACUCUCUGCUGAUGCAUUAUUACAUCUCCUGCCAGUGGCAUUUGGAAUUCACAGUCACGAAGAUGAAGAUGAGCAUGGCCAUGAUCAUUCGUCAGGAGGUUUCCAUUUUGAACCAUAUCUUGGAUACAGUCUCGCAACCCUUGCAGGAAUAUACGUGUUUUAUAUUUUUGAAAAGCUCAUGUCAAUAUAUAGCAAUGCAAAGGUUGAUAAGCAUGACGACGAUCCUCUUGAAAUGGCAGUUGGUUCAUAUGGCAACAACUGUAGUGGGAAACAGUUUGCAAACGGAAAUGGAUAUGGAUCAAACGCAAAUUUACCCUCAUAUGACGGUGCUGAUAGACAGGAGAAGGAAACUACAUCAAAAAUGCCACCAGUUGCCAUCAUGGUAAUUAUUGGCGAUGCUGUCCAUAACUUUGCUGAUGGUCUGGCCAUAGGGGCCGCAUUCACUGACAGUAUCAAUUUAGGAAUUUCUACUAGCAUAGCCAUAUUCUGCCAUGAGUUCCCACACGAACUUGGCGAUUUUGCUAUCUUAUUGACAAGUGGUUUGUCUUUUACACGUGCACUUGUUUUCAACUUCUUAUCGUCAUUGACGGCCAUGGUUGGGCUAUAUAUUGGGUUGGCAGUUUCAACUAAUCCUGAAGUGAGGAACUGGAUAUUUGCUGUAACGGCCGGAAUGUUCCUAUACAUUUCCCUCGUAGAUAUGCUGCCACAGUUGCUUGAGAAGAAGAAAGACAAACCAGUUUUAAAUUUCAUUUUUAACAACGUUGGGAUACUUAUCGGAGGAUCUAUAAUGUUAUUGCUGGCAUUGUACGAGGAACAAAUUAAAAUAUAGAUAGCGGUAAAACCCUGGACCCAUUCACCACUGUACAAAUUUUGAAUCGUCAUGUUAAUAUAUGCAACACAUAAUUUUAUAAAAAAAAUGAUCAUACAUUAAAACUGUUUGUCUAUUGCAUUAUUGUUAUAUGUAAAUACCGUGUUCAUAUGUGAAAGAAAAUUUAUCUAUUUAGUAACUGAACAUCAUCUUUUUAUAAUAAAUCAUUCACAAUACAA